AUGGUUCGUAUUUCAUCAAAAGUUUCUCAUCAUCGAAUACAACAAAAGAAACAAUCAUCGUUACAAUCGAUUGAAAUAAAUUCCAAUAAUACAAAUGAUCAAUCAUCAUCAAAAAUUCUUAAUGUUGUUCGACAAGCAUUACUUAAUGCUGCUGAAGAACUUGUUUCUCAACAACAAGAAAAUGAAAAUCAAGUAGAUAAUAUAACUCCAUUUCAUACAUUAGAUAAUAAUAAUAAUAAUAAUAAUAAUAAUAAUAAUAAUGAUUUAAAUAAAUCAUCUUGUCAACGAAAUGGAAAUGCAAUAAAAAAGAAAAAAAAAAUUACAUGUAAAAAUAAAAAAGUUUUAAAAAAAAAUCGACGUAAAUAA